AUGUCUUCGACGUCAGUUCUUACACCCGAGGAGAGGGAACACUUCCUUACCCACGGGUGGGUCAAAAUCCCCAAUGCCUUCACGCAAGCCCAAGCCGAGGACAUGACCUCCAACGUCUGGACCCGUCUCGACAUGGACCCCAACGACCAGAGCACCUGGACCCGGCUGCGCACCAACAUGCCGGGCCACCGCAAGUACGACCCGGCCGAGUUUGCGCCCCGCGCCUGGGCCGCCAUCUGCGAGCUAUGCGGCGGCGAGGACCGCAUCGACCCGGCCUCGCGCGAGUGGCGCGAUUCGUUGAUUGUGAAUCUCGGCGAUGAGAAGCAUGGCGGGAAACCGGUGCCGCCGCAGGAUUUGCCCGAGUGGCAUGUGGACGGCGAUUUCUUCGUGCACUACCUCGACAGCCGGGAGCAAGCCCUCCUCGUAACCCCCCUCUUCACCGACAUCGUCGCCAACGGCGGCGCCACCAUCAUCUGCCCCGAAGCCAUUCCCAAAAUCGCCAAGCACCUGCACGACCACCCGGAGGGUGUCUCCCCGCGCAUGGUGCCCCGCGGCCAGCCCAAGUUCCAGAUGGGCCAGGAGAAGGACCUGAGUUUCUUCUGCAACGUGGCCAAGAGCUGCGAGAACUUUGUCGAGGCUACGGGGUCCGUGGGGGAUGUGUAUCUUAUGCACCCGCUUAUGUUGCACGCGCCGUCGAGUAAUGCGCUGCGGCGCGUGCGGAUUAUUACGAAUCCGGCUGUGUCGUUGAAGGAUGAGCAUAGGUUUGAUCGGGAGAAUCCGGAGGAGUAUAGUUUGGUGGAGAAGUUUACGCUGAAGGCGUUGGGGACGGAGAGGUUGAGUGGUUGGAAGGCGACGGGGCCCAGGGAGAAGGUGGUGCCGGCACGGUUGCAGAUGCAGGAGAAGAUGAAGCAGGAGGAGUUGAAGCGCGACAGUGACGACUACCGGGUCGCGGAACCCGACCUGGCCCCCGAUGACCCCAUGCGCGCCUUCAUUCCCAAAUCCUUUGGCAAGACAACCAAAGAGGCAAACAUCGCGGCCCAGAUUGAACAGUCGAGGAGGGUAGUCGAGAAGCCAGAGCCACCGAAGCAGCAGCAAAAACGGCCCGCCCACGACAGCGACGACAGCGAUUCCGAUGAUGACUCAGACUCCGAUUCCGACAACGGGGACGAGGCCGACAAAUUCCCCGUCACCCACGAGAUGAUCCUCAAGACUCACGAGCGCGCCGUCACCAGCAUCGCCCUGGACCCAGCCGGGUCCCGUAUGCUCAGCGGCUCGCUCGACGGCAAUGUAAAUUUCCACGACUUCGCUGCUAUGACGCCAACCACCCUGCGCGCCUUCAAGAGCAUCGAUCCUUGGGAAACCAAGAAAUCAGCCGCCCCUUCCGACUCCCAUCCGAUCCAGCACGUCGAGUUCAGCCGCCACUCCGGCAGCGUCUUCCUCUGUGUUACGGCCCACCCACAGGCGAAGAUCAUGUCGCGAGACGGGGCUGUUGUGACCGAGUUUGUCAAGGGCGACAUGUACCUGCGUGAUAUGAACAAUACCAAGGGGCAUGUUGGGGAGGUUACCACAGGGACGUGGCACCCCGCGGAUCCGAAUCUGUGUGUGACGGCCGGCUCGGAUAGCACACUAAGGAUAUGGGAUAUCAAUAACAAGAGGAGUCAAAAGGAUGUUAUCGUCUUCAAGUCGAAGGCUCCCGGGUCUGCUGGCAGGACUAGGAUGACGGCUGUUGCUUGGGGAUCUUCGGCACAAGGGAACAGUCCGGUGCUGGUGUCGGCUGCUUUGGAUGGGUCACUCGUCAUGUACAGCGGUAACGGCCCCUUUACGAGACCCGCGGCGGAGGUUCGAGAGGCCCACAGCCCAGAUACCUGGACUGGUGGCAUCGACAUCAGCGCAGACGGACGAAUGGUGGUAACCCGGGGCGGUGACGGCCUGAUCAAGCUGUGGGACACGCGAAAAUUCAAGCAGCCCCUCGUUAAAAUCGACCACCCGCCAACCUCCGACCGAUACCCCAUGACCAACAUCAAAUACUCCCCCGACUCCCGCUACAUCAUCACCGGGUCCGCCUCGGGCCACCUGCACAUCCUCAACCCGGCCAACCUGCGCCCAGAACACGUCACCCCCAUCACCCCAGGCAUCCCCCUCAUCACCGUCGCCUGGCACCCCAAGCUCAAUCAAAUCCUCACCGGUUCCGCCAACGCCGAGACCCACGUCCUCUACAACCCGUCCCUUUCCACCCGCGGCGCCCUCGAGGUCAUGUCGCGCGCCCCCAAGACCCGCCACGUCGACGACGACCCCUCCUUCACCAUGGACCAGAGCCAGCUCGGCCUCUCCGGCGACGCCAUCAUCACGCCCGGCGCCCAUCAACACAAACGCCGCGGCGGCGGGAACGCCAGUGGGGGGGUAUCUGCGUCGGGCAAAACUUCGCGCGACCCGUAUCGGCCAAAGGUGCAGCAGAUCACGCCGUUUAUGCGCUCGCAGCCGGAUGAGAAACAUAUUGAGGAGAAUAUUCCGCUUAGUCGCAUGUUGCAUGAGGAUCCGCGUGAGGCGUUGUUGAAAUACGCUGAUGUGGCUAAGAAGGAUCCGGUGUUUACGGGUGCGUGGGCCAAGACGCAGCCGGUGACGCAGUAUGCGGAUUUGAGUGAUGGGGAGGGGGAGGGUGGUGCGAAAGAUGGGGAGAGAGACGCGAAGAGGGUCAAGAGGUGA